CAGUGCACAGUUACAACUGCCAACAUUAAGCAGCUCAAUUCAAACAUGCAGUCCAAAUUAGCCCAAUUAGUCAUAUUUAUUUAUUUAGUCACUUUGUGCAUUCCAACGAUGUCGUACAAAGUGGAGCCACUACCCGAUUCGUAUGCCGGCCUAGGCGAGGGACCUCACUGGGAUGUGGCCAGGCAGAGUCUGUAUUUCGUGGACCUGGAGGCGGGCUGUCUGCUGCGCUACGACUACAAACAGAACAAGACGUACAGGACUCAGAUUGAGGGCGAGACAUUCGCCACCUUUGUGCUGCCCGUGGAGGGCAAUGAUCAGGAGUUUGCCGUCGGCUGUGGCCGCCGCGUCGUCAUCGUCAACUGGGACGGUGUCUCGCCGGUGGCUAAGGUGGUGCGCACUCUGUUCGAGGUGCAGUCCGAUUUCAAGGAGAAUCGCCUGAACGACGCCAAGGCCGAUCCGAAGGGUCGCCUCUUCUUCGGCACCAUGCGCUACGUUGGGGACGAGUUCACGCACCGCCACGGCGAACUGUACCGCUGGGAGGCGGGCGGCAAUGUGACGGUGGUAAAGAGCGACGUCGGCAUCUCCAAUGGCCUGGCCUGGGAUGAGAAGGCCAAUAAGUUCUACUACAUUGAUACCACCGACUACGAGGUGAAGUCCUAUGACUAUGACUUUAACACUGGCGUCGCCAGCAAUCCCAAGGUUAUCUACAAUUUGCGCAAGGACAGCCCCAAGACUCACAUCUUGCCCGAUGGCAUGACCAUUGACACCGAGGGCAACCUCUAUGUGGCCACAUUCAAUGGCUCCACCAUCUACAAAGUCAAUCCCAACACGGGCGAAUGCUUGCUGGAGAUCAAGCUGCCCACCAAGCAGAUUACCUCGGUUGCCUUCGGUGGACCCAAUCUGGACAUUCUGUAUGUGACCACUGCAUCCAAGUUCGAUCAGCCCGCUCCGGCCGGCACUACCUACAAAGUGACAGGACUCAAUGCCAAGGGCUAUCCAGGAGUUAACCUGAAGCUCUAAAAACCCAUUCCAGAUCUAUACCUAUCUUCUUUUUCUU